CCAUCAUUAAUUUUAUAACCUAUGCUAAAUAUUCCGUAGAUAUUUUGUUAGAAAAUGAGAAUUUACCCCGCACACAUGGGCUUCUUCCUUUACGCGAGCUGAAUCUAUAUGCCCUUCUGACUUCUAAAAUCAAAGUAAAAGAGAGUGCAGUUCGUUAGGAGAUAUGGCAACAAUGAUGCCCACGAGAUCGCUGCUAUUCAGAUGUUUUUACCGCAGAUCUUCCCUUUUCUCCUCUUACACCGCCGUCGCCGUCUCAGACGCUGUCAACCACCACACCUUCCGCCACCUUCACUUUUCUCCUUCUUCGCUGGCUUCACCGGAAUCUGUUCUUCCAGAUUCUCGUUAUCCAUUUGCAUUUGAAUUGGGAAGCGUGCGUUCCUUCAGUGAGCAUGUGACACACAUGCCAAGUCUGCACGAUGAAGAAAUCAAGUGUGCUUUUAAAGACUUAAUGGCAGCAAGCUGGGAUGGGAUACCAAAAGCUGUUAUUGAUGAAACAAACAAGGCAUUGUCCAAAAGUACUGAUGACAAGGCUGGCCAGAAGGCCCUGGCUAAUGUUUUUCGUGCAGCAGAAGCCAUUGAGGAGUUCAUUGCGAUAAUAAUGAACUUGAAAAUGGCAAUUGAUGAUGCCAUUGGAUCAAGUGGUGAGAAUGUGAAGCCUAUCCCAAGAGAUAUGGCUAAUGCAGUGAAUACAAUCUUCCAACGUUAUAAUUCAUAUUUGGAUGCCUUUGGGCCGGAGGAGGGAUAUUUAAAGAAGAAAGUUGAGACUGAACUGGGAAGCAGGAUGAUAUUCUUGAAGAUGAGGUGCAGUGGCCUAGGAUCUGACUGGGGAAAGGUUACAGUUCUUGGGACAUCUGGGCUUGCUGGUUCUUAUGUUGAGCAAAGGGCAUAAAUCUGCAUAUGUUGAUAUAUACCCGUUUUUUUAUAUAAUAAUGUCCCCGUUUAGUUUUUGAGCUUGCUGGUUGCGCUGUAGUUUGUUCUGUUGCAAUCAGCUUCUUUAAAAUUCUAAGCAAAGGAUAAUAAUGAGCGGAUAUUUUCACAUCUAUGAAUACUAUUUUUCCCAGAUUAAUGUUAGCCGGACAUUUUGAUGUGGAAAAUGUUUGCUCCACCCAUCCUGCAAUUAAGCUUGCAUUUUCCGUUUUUGGAGAAUGUUUCUUUCAUGGACCUAAGGUCCACAUCAUUUUAGGUGGACCUUCAUAUGAGCGUUGUAAGCAAAUGCUUACUACUCUUGUAAGCAUGUUAAUUUGCAUAUUCUUUUGGAAUUUAGUUUUAAUUGUGUUCAUCCAAAGAAAGAGUUGAACUUUUG